UUGGAGCCAGCCCUGUCAAUCAGCCGCACGGGACGGCGGUGAAAGUGAUUGUCAGGAGGGAGAACAUGUUUUACUUUGCACAUGCCCUCUAUUUGAAGAAGCUGCUCCAUAAGAGGGGGCGGCGAUCCGCGGAGCGCGGUUUAAGGAGGAGGAGGAGCGCCCUUUCGACACGGUGACAGCAGCAGCAGCAUCUCCUCCUCUAUCUCCUUCAUCUCUCGGUCUCUCUCCUCUACGCGAGUCUCUGGUGUGUGUGUGUGUCUCCAAAUCCGAGCACGUUGCUUCUGGUCUCGUAACAAGGCUGGCUGCCCGCGCAUAACUCGGAGCCGAGCUAUUACAGCCUGACGGCUUCCUUCCACGUUGCUUGCAUUCUAUCUCCUAUACCUCUCCUCCGUCUCUAUUGGUUUGCGUGCGCGUGUCUCGAGCUCCUUGUCCCCUAUAUCCAAGCACGUUGUGUUGCCUCUCUCGUAAUAACAAGACUGCAUGUCUAUAACUCGGAGUCGAGCUACGCUGCCUGCCCACGACCCGUCUCCACAUCCAACAUCGUUCGCAUUCUCCGCCGCGAGAAACGGGAUGGUGGCGGUGGUGGUGAUGAUGAUGGUGACGAUCCGUCUCCGAGGACAGAGCUGAGCGACUCGGAGCGGUGUAUACCACUCAAAACCACGUGGCGUUGUGGCGAAGCGGAGCGAGAGCCGUUGACGCACGAUGCGGUGCUGCAAUCAGUGAAGUUGGACCCCCCCCUCCCGCCCCUCUCCAACCCCUGCAAACCGCUACAUUCCGGCAUUCAAGACAUACACCCCCCCCCCCCCCCCCAUCUAUUCCGAGCGGACGAGGGAGGAUCCAUAUCCUCACGCGCCGGGCCCCACUCCUCUAUUUAUGGUGCCCGCGGCUCCAUGAACUGUGGUCGUGUGGAGUGGGCCUCAUUGAACAUGGAGUUGCCGCGACACUUGCUGACCUUUUGCGCCCUGCUCGCCGUGCUCAUGGGCUCGCAGAAGCACCGGGGUCACUGUCGCAACCACCUGCACUUACGCCCCUCGCCCAGCGACAACCUGCCCGUCAAGGACCUCGUCGAGAACCCCGACCCAGAGCUCGACCCGAAGGAGCAGGACCUGGACGAAAAGCUGCUGCGGAGGAAACUGGGCGCCAGCUUCGACCCCGAGUUUAUGGCCGUGUCGCUGCCCAAGGGCGACGCUCCAGGCCAGCAGACGAGAGGAGGACGCCUCCUCCUCAAGCCGUCGGGAUCGAUGCCCAACGAGAUUAAGCGGCUGGACCUCGGCGUUCUGCCGCAUGGCCAGAAGAUCAAGAUCGGCAAGAGGGCCCGCCGCAAGAUCCUGCAGUGGCUGUGGUCCUACACGUUCUGCCCCGUGCUGUACACAUGGAAAGACUUAGGCGAGCGCUUCUGGCCGAGGUUCGUGAAGGAAGGAAGCUGCUAUAAUGGGAGGUCGUGUUCCUUUCCGGAGGGAAUGGCCUGCAAGCCCUUCAAGUCCGCGAGCAAGACGCUGCUGCGGUGGCACUGCCAGGGAUGGGGCAGGCAGAAGUACUGCGCGUGGAUACACAUUCAGUACCCCGUCAUCUCCGAGUGCCGCUGCGCCUGCUGAGACCAGCCCUGUAAUAAUAAUAAUAAUGACAACAACUACACCAGGGGCUGCUUCAUUUAAGCCGGAGCUGUUCUGGGGCCGAGCUCUGGAAAUAUUUCCCCCGGGGGCAAGGGAGUUGGCGGGGGGGGGGGGGGGCAUAAAAUAAUCCAUGAGAAACGAAUGCCUGAAUAUUACAGAACUAAUUAUAAACGUUACAUCACGGACGUUCGUCGUCCAAAUACCACCUACCCUGGAAAGCCUCGCCGAGUCUCGGGACUCCUUUUCAGGAGGGUCUUGCUCAGGUGGAGUAGCCGUCGACUGAGUGUACAGGUGGUGCAACUGCAUCGGGUCCCUACGGGCCGGAGGGGCCGGAGGGGCCGGAUGACGUAGAGUGGGGAAAUUGGACAGGGGCAAGGGGGCUCCAUCUCAUUCCUUGCACCAGGGCCCUUGCCAGCCACGCUACGCCACUGCUGCUGCUGCUACGUGAGGAUGUUUAGCCAAAUUCCGUAUUGGUUGGCAUCAGCAGUAGAGCCAUGAUCUAUCCACUGCUGGACGAAGGCUUCCUCGGGUCGUUCCUAUUCCAGUCCCACGAUGUAACACAAAUAUCCAUUCAGAACAUGGUAGCACACAGACCGAUUUCAUAACUCCCAUCUCCGAGGUAGACAUAAUGGGUGUGUGUUCCUCCUCCUCUUUAGCUGCACGUGAGAGAAAACCGCAAUACCCCUGGUGGGUAGGUUAAUACCCUACCACGCAUAGCGAGGGUGGGGGGGGGGGUAACAAAAAACACGCAAAUUCCACACACAUGAAUUCAAGAAUCCGUUACUCAGCUGCUAUCUCCUGCAUCCCCGUUCCCCAGCCCUAGACCGACUCCACGGCGACUCCCAAAGCACACAAGCUCACGCAAAUCACCGUCUGCGAGGUUAUGUAUGCGUAAGAGGCGCUGCGUAUAUAAUUCAUGAUGAGUCAGCGUUGGUGGUGGCCGUGAUUCACGCCUGCCAUCUCGCCGCGGUGUAGCAAGUCGGUGAGCUGCAGCCACGCUGUGUGCUUGCAGUUAGGGAGGGUUACCCCCCCCCCCCUCUGCUCCCAUGUAAAUUGCAGGACCCUAUUUGAAAGCGAGACUCUACGAAGUGCUUUUUGAGUUGAAAAAAGGACGUUCAUUUUACCCAUGGCUACGAACCGCAUAUAAAUAUCACGCACCAGGCACUGCGUCUAUACAAAUACCACAGAUGACGACGGCGAUGCUGACGACGCGUUAUUAGAUAGAUGCCCGGGCGUUAACAAAGUAUAUAUUUUUUAUGUGUAUCACUUUUUAUGUCGUAGAAAUAUUUGUGCAUAAAAAAAACAGAGAGAUACAUGGAUUCGUCGUUUACUAUGUGUUCAGAAACCUCACCCUGAAAAGAUUGUGUAAGCCAGGUGGCACAACACGCGCGCGCGUGCUGUGCCAUUGCAUUACAUGCGCCACGAAAAUAAUCAACUCGUGUAGUCUCGAUUUUGGCUUGGCCAGGGAGCGGUGGCAGAACGGUUAGCGUUACGGUUGCUCUCAAAACCCGGCGAAUCAGAGUUCGAUUCCCGUUACACGGAUAACAUUAAGGUGGUGUAGUAACGUUCUGACCCGCCCCGACUGGAUAUCGGUGACAAGAGCCUUAUAGCUCAUCGUAUUCUUCCAGUAUAAAGAUUCCGAUUCGGUUUCUCUGGCGAGCGAUGAUCCAAACCGGUCCUGGAUGCCUCCAAAUCACCUUUCAACCAAUUAACCCUGCAAUGACCAGCGUGGUGAAGUAUGGUCAAAUAGCCGCCAUGGCUGAUACGCGGGGUGGGAGGAGGGGAGGAGGACUUUAUCCAGCAGUGGAUUGAAGAAGGAAACGUCUUUAAAUUAUUAUUUUUUUUAUAACGAUACGGUUUAAAAUGUUUUUAUUGUAAAGUUAAAACGCAAGUUAACACUUUUGUCUGGAAUGUAACGGUACUGGGCUCGAGGUGGCUCGGACCUUUUGUGCAUAGCGGUAACGGCCGUGAAAAGGUGCAGAAAAAUACAUUGUACAGAGCAAAAAAAACACGACGCAAAUGCAUAUUUAUUCAAUAUAAAACGUGUAACUAUCGGUUUAGACUGAUUUAAAGUACACACACAUAAUACACACAACGUGUUAUUUGUAAACAAGAGUAUUCAGAUAAUUUUAUGGAUGGCAAUAUUUAUGUUGCAAAUGUAUUAUAAAAAAGCGUGUAUACCAUGUUCUUCUAUUUGUAUUUGUUAUAUAUAAAAAAAA